UGUACUCUCUGCGUUCCUUGGGAUUGCUGAUAAUGCAGAGAGGAUUUUCUCUCCUACUGUAUUGACGUCAUCCUAGCACUUACAGUAACAUCAACCCAGAAGCAGACCAGGGGUUUAUCUGGCUGCAAAUAUGCAAGGGCAGAUCUACCUUUUAAUAUUUCCUACAAUAUGGUGUUUUCAGUAUGCUGUCUUUGGGGUUGAUCCAGACCAAGUGUCAUUGUCUGUGACAGAGGGAGAUUCAGUCACUCUGCUCACUGAUGUUAAAACCAACCAACAGGAAAAAAUUAAAUGGUAUUUUAAUAAUAUUCGCAUUGCUCAAAUCAGUGAGCAGUACCACAGUAGGUCCUGUACGGAUGUCCAGUGCAAUGAAGGUACGGAAAGAUUCAGAGACAGACUUAAAUUAGAUGAUCAGACCGGAUCUCUGACCAUCAUUAAUGUACAAAGAACUGAUUCAGGUCUUCAUAAGCUGCAGAUCAUCAGCAGCAACAGCAUUGAUGAAAAGGUCUUCAUCGUAACUGUUCAUGGUGUUUCUGGCAUGGAGAAGGCUAAAAGAAAGUCAGCGAAGGAGGGAGAAUCUGUCACUUUGGAUACUGGUGUGAAAAGAAACCCAGAUGAUGUGAUGAGGUGGAAUUUUAAUGUCACCCAUAUCGCUAAAAUCACUGGAGAUCAGAGUCAGAUCUGUACAGAAGAUCAGUGUAAAGAGAGAUUCAGAAACAGACUGAAAUUAAACUAUCAGACUGGAUCUCUGACCGUCACAGACACCAGAACCACAGACUCUGGAGUGUAUACUCUUGAAAUCAUCACCAACCGCAGCAGUAUUUGUCAGCACCACUACAUCAGUGUAAUUAGUGUUCCUGCAAAUAUUUGGAUUGUCAUUUCACUUGCUGUAUUAGGAGUAGGCCUAUGUGGUGCUGUUGUUCUGCUGCAUCGUGUAUUUGGUCGAUUCAUUAAAGGACAACCAAAUUGAAGCUCCAAACAAGCGACAGUGGCAAGAGAAAGAAGCAAACCAAAGGCAUUUUCAAUUGGGAGGCUAGGUCUACAACAGAUCUACCAAAAAGUGAAGUCAGGACAUGAACAUUGCAUGGGAAUGUUUAAAAGAUAAGUACUAUUAUGUGCUCACACAUGCACCUGGAUGAAUAAAUAUUGUAUUGAUCUUAUUCUUUCACUUAAAGGGAUAGUUCAGAAAAAAUGGACUCACAGUCAAGCGGUUCCAAACCUUUAUGAGUUUUCCCACUGAAACUAAUAGAAGAUGAUUUUAAGAAAGCAGUGAAUCAAAGACUUAUAUAGUUAGAAAAACAGAUACUAAAGAUGUCUAUGGUUGCAGGUUUUCAGCAUUCCUCCGAAUUUCAUCUUCUGUUUGGUUUGUGAAAGUUGUAAAUGAGUUAUUUUUUAUUUUUGAGUGAACUAUCACCUUUAAGAAUGGGCAUAGCCAUUUAAGGUAAUUGUCUAGAGCAGUGGUUCUUAAACUGUGGUAUGCGGGCUUCGUUUUAGUGGUACACGGAGAAAUACUGAAUAAUGGAAAAAAGAAAUAAAUAACACACUUAUAACCCUUUUAUGUGGACGAUUACACUGAUGUGAUUAGCACCGGCUGUUAAUUGAAGCGCACGAUCACAUCGAUGUGCUUAAAAUGUUUACUUUAUUUCAUCGCAUCAUCAGAUGCUAAAAAUCAACCCGCUUUUGCGCAGAGCCAGAGAAAGAGGCGUGCGGCACUUGCAGAGCAGAUACACACUAGAGAAGCGCUUUUGCAGACCAGUGCUGUUGUGUUGGCAUUUCAGUUGCUGCAAACUCAGGAAUCUCCUCAUGCUGCGCAAUGCUAAUCACAAAUGUGUGUUCAUAGAUGUAUAAAAUGUGUGUUUUCGAUGAGAAGUUUCAUAAACUAAUUUCGAGAGGAGCACGUGAUAUGAUUGAGCACGUCUGGCCACUCAUCUGUAAUCAGUAAUAAUCCAAUCAGAGUGAUCCUAGUUUACUAUAAAUGGAUCAUUUUCUCCCUACUGUUCUAUCUUCGUUUAGAAGAAUCCCCCCUUCCACCCUAUCUCCUCCUUUUCCUCCCUUUUCUAAAGGGGGAGCUCUCGAGACCUACCUGAUCUUGGAUCUCCUGAUAUGCUUAUCAACCAGGCGGGAGCCCUGGGCUCAAAUAUCUCCGAGCUCAGGGUUCUCUCCCGGGACAGCAUGCCAAAUCUGCUUUAUACUCCAAGCAUAUCUAAGUGGGAACUCUUGAAAUAUAAAUUUAUCUGCGUGGCGUUCAAUUAAUUUGUCACCUUGGAUUUAGGCUAAUUUAUCUGAAUGUGAUCCAAAUGUCGCAGGACACAGAACAUAGACUCAAGCAACUUUGCCUUGCUUGAAGCUUGGAGCUAGCAUAUAGCCUAAUUAAAGUUAGUCUCAGUGCACGGUUAACACAAACUCCACUGUCCACUUAAGAUGAGAUCUCAAAUCACGGAAAUUCCGCACGUAGGAAUGGAUAAAUCACGUAUGAAUUAGUCAAGCAGUGUAUGUCUGCAUAUAGUCUCUUCCUUUUCUGACACGCGUACUGUAAAGGACGAGCAGUAAGCAGGUCUAAUUUCUUAUUUAAAUAUGUAAUUCCAAAUCAUUUAUUUUAAAAUACAAGUUAAUGUUUAGAUUUCAGGGAUAUACAAGGCAAGGCAAGUUUAUUUAUAUAGCACAUUUCAUACACAGUGGCAUUUCAAAGUGCUUUA